AUGUUGUGGCACGCCCAAUCCCCCUCACUUUCACCACUCGCCAUAACCAUUAUAUCGGCUGCAGCAGUGAACUUCCUAGCCGUCUUUGUACACUUCUAUGUCAUCUUUUACCCGGAGAAAUCUUAUACAUACGCAGGCGGAGACCACCCUCGUGAACUCCUCGAUGAUGUUCCACUGGUCAACAUGGCGUUUCAUGAUGACCCCCGCUAUUUCGGCUUGAACGCCCAUAAUUCGUCAGUGGAGUGGAACAGUCUCCUACCAGCAGGCGGCGGGAUCGUCUUCAUGGGGGAUAACGGCACUCCAUACGAUGUAUCAAUGUGGCACCAGCUCCGUUGCCUGAACUCCAUUAGAAGGACUUUGAUAGGGGAGGCCGACGAUUAUAAGCAUGCAGAGCAUUGCUUUCAUUACCUUCGACAAGCUAUCCUUUGCUCUGCAGACCUUACGCUCGAACCAUUGCCUCCAAACUCCACUCAGAUCCCCUCCUACCAAGAAGCACAGGCGCCUGGACCCGCGAUUGUUCAUACGUGCAAGAACUGGCGACAGAUAUACCACUCCACAGAAGAGUUAAGCUCAAGAUCGUCAACUUCCGACAAGCAGGCCCCCUUGAGCGGAGACGCUGCAUCUGCUGGGCAUUAA